GGCACCGGAAGAAGAAGUCUCCCGCCCCCUGCUGAGCUUUUUAAACCAGCGCGGGACUCUGCUCGUCUCACUUCCUGUUGGUUCUGUUGUCUGAUCAGUUCUGUGUCUUCAGUCUUGAUCCUCAUCAGAUCCUCAUCUGAUCACUGAGCUCGGUUUAGUUGGUGAACCCUCUUCUUCCUCUUCAUCUUCCUCUUCCUCAGUCUCGACGCGGACGGAACAUGGUGCGGACUAAAGCGGACAGUGUCCCCGGCUCCUACAGGAAAGCUGUUGCAGCUCAAGCUCCGAGGAAGUCUCUGGGUUCCAGUUCGGCCAACGCGUCGUCCUGCAGCAGCCAGUCGUCCACCCCAGCUAAGGGCAAAUAUGCCGGUGGGAACGUGGUGUGCCCUCGCCCCACUCCGACCUGGCAGAAGGGCAUCGGGGACUUCUUCGGCGGGCCCCCCCGGAAGCCCGAGAAGGAGAACCAGAGGCCCCAGGAGACCGAGGACGACGAGGAGGCCGGAGGCAGCGGGAUGUCAAAGGCCACCAGGAAGUAUGUUUCUUAUCAGGUCACGUUGUUGAUUAACUGCAGCUCCGAGGUCUGGUCCUGGAGCCGUGGGUUGAGUUCUACCUGAGAUAGAAACACUCAGAGUUUGAUUCCUUCAGACGAUGAAUAAACCUGAUCAGGAGCCUGAGGCUCGGCUGCUUCCAACGACAGGAGAACCUCCGAUCUUCUAUCAUUCAGGAAAAAUGACCAACAACAGCUCCACGUUAUUUAGAAAAGUCUAUAAAUGUAUAAAUUAGUUUUAUCCUCCAACUGGAAACUUGAUUCAGAAGAGUCUGGACCAGUUCACGUGGUUUGUAUCUCCAGUGCGUUGUCGGGUGUUUUCUUCUGAGGCACCAGUGAAGAACUUUCUACCUUUGUGCACGUCGAGCUGUUUCCUCUGGAGGAUGUUCUGUGUUAAAUUAGAUUUCAGCUCAUUGAACCUGUGCUGGUCUAGUUUGCUGUCGUGUGUCAUGCAUGUUAUUAAUCACAGCGUUGCUUUUAGUUUACACUUAACGUGUUUGAAGGAAAGCUGAGGCACGUCCAACACAUCUUCAUUAUUCACGCAGUCUGACUCUCCUCCUGACAAACGUUUAUUUAAACACAACUGUUUGUCUAUUGAACACUUUUGUGUUACACGAGCGUUGCAACUACAGCAGCUAAGAAGGUCGUCGUGGUUCUUGUGGAAGAAACCUCAGAUGACAAGUAGGUGUUCAGUGUGGCAGCUGCUGCGUCUGUAGAAACUUUAGAAGUGUCAGUCGUUUGGAUUCGACAGUUUAUUCCCACGUCGCUGCUGAUCGUCCACAGGCUCAGAGGAAACGUGUCGUUCGACCUGGAAACUGCAGAACGUGAACUUGAAGCAGUAAAGUGAGGCUGACAUUUCCUGUGACCAAUCACAACAAAGGGAACCAGCUGACCAAUCAGAGCUUCAUCCGGGGGGGUGGUCUUAAAGAGAGGGAAGCUGAACCUAUGUGUUUGAAACGGGCUGAGAGGAGGAGAUGGAGCGUCUGAGGAGAUUCUGAACGUUAGAGCAUGAAAACCUUUCACAGUAACAACACUGAUUCAAAUGAUGAACAGAAUGUGUCUCCUUUUAAAAAAGAUGAAACUGAAACGGUCGAUCGUUAUGAAUUUACCAGAAAUCUCCUGUCGCCAUGUUGUGUAGAAGCUCCUGUGAAGUGUGACUGAGUGUUUUGUUGUGCAGGUCCAGGCCGCUGCCGGCUGACGAUGAGGAGGAUGAAGCCUGAGACGAUGAAGGACCCUCUGCUGCCUCUGCUCAGGCUCGCAGGCCUUUAAAUGUACAUCUGUAUAUACUUUUCUGCUGAAUUCCCUUUUAAAUAGGUCAUUAAACACUUUUUAUGUUUUUAA